AUGUUCUUUACAGUCAGUCUAUGGCAACGUAUGAUUCGUUCAUUUUUAUACCCUAUCUAUCUAUCUAUCUAUCUAUCUAUCUAUCUAUCUAUCUAUCUAUCUAUCUAUCUUAUUCUUUCUAGUUAUAUCUAUAUCUUAGAUUAUACCACAAUAUUCAUUCUGAUUCGUUCUUGCCAUCUAUUCCAGUCUUCCUUGCAUUCUUCCAGUACCACAAUAUUCAUUCUGAUUCGUUCUUGCCGUCUAUUCCAGUCUUCCUUGAAUUCUUCCAGUACCACAAUAUUCAUUCUGAUUCGUUCUUGCCAUCUAUUCCAGUCUUCCUUGCAUUCUCCCGAGUUUUUUUCCUAUCUAUCUAUCUAUCUAUCUAUCUAUCUAUCUAUCUAUCUAUCUAUCUACUAUUCAUAUUAUUUAUCUAUCUAUCUAUCUAUCUAUCUAUCUAUCUAUUCAUAUCUAUCUAUCUAUCUGAGACUAUUCAUAUCUAUCUAUCUAUCUAUCUAUCUAUCUAUCUAUCUGAUCUAUUCAUCUGAUAUUCAUAUCUAUCUAUCUAUCUAUCUAUCUAUCUAUUCAUAUCUAUCUAUCUAUCUGAGACUAUUCAUAUCAUAUCUAUCUAUCUAUCUAUCUAUCUAUCUAUUCAUAUCUAUCUAUCUAUUCAGACUAUUCAUAUCUAUCUAUCUAUCUAUCUAUUCAUAUCUAUCUAUCUAUCUAUCUAUCUAUUCAUAUCUAUCUAUCUAUCUGAGACUAUUCAUAUCUAUCUAUCUAUCUGAGACUAUUCAUAUCUAUCUAUCUAUCUAUCUAUCUAUCUAUCUAUCUAUCUAUCUAUCUAUCUAUCUAUCUGAGACUAUUCAUAUCUAUCUAUCUAUCUAUCUAUCUAUCUAUCUAUCUAUCUAUCUAUCUGUCUGUCAAAAUUCAGUCCUUUCGUUGUGA